AUGCAGUUUUCAGAUAUCCUGACCUCCUCAUCGAAGUCUCAUCUCAAUCUUCUGCAUCACUCAAUUGCAAAGCACACACGAGCAGUUAAUACUAUGGCACCUAUCACCAUUACCAACUCAACCAGUGGCGAGAUCCAAGUCAGGAUCACUAAUUACGAGGACCAAGGCUCGUCGGAUUUCUUUCCUAUCGCGUCAGGAGAGCCUGCGGUCUGGCAGCGAGACCACAUCCAAUCGAUGACCGUAUUCAGAUCCGACAAUCCAGUUCCGGAUGUCCUUAUCGUGAACCCUAAAGAGACGCACAAUAUCCAGUAG